AGGAGGCGAGCCGCGUCCGCGCCGGCUGCCGCCGGGUCCCAGCCGCUGCCGCUGCCUCUGCCGCGCCGCGCCGCGCCGUCCUCCCUGCGCGCGGGCAGGGCGCGGAGCCGCUGCCGCGCGGCCGCCGCCUCGUCCCUCCGGGGCACCAUGGAGCUCUCUCCGUCGUCCGGAGGAGCCGCGGAGGCGCUAUCCUGGCCGGAGAUGUUCCCGGGGCUCGAGUCCGACUCGCCGCUGCCCCCGGAGGAUCUGGACGCGGUGGUCCCAGUCAGCGGGGCUGUGGCCGGUGGCAUGUUGGAUCGGAUCCUCCUGGAGUCGGUGUGCCAGCAGCAGAGCUGGGUUCGCGUGUACGAUGUGAAAGGACCACCUACUCAUCGUCUGUCUUGUGGUCAGUCACCCUACACUGAGACAACAACAUGGGAGAGGAAGUACUGCAUCCUCACAGACAGCCAGUUGGUGUUGCUCAACAAGGAGAAGGAGAUACCUGUGGAAGGACAGGAGCAACAGGCAGAUUCAACCAAAGGGCGAUGCCUGAGGAGAACUGUCAGCGUUCCUUCAGAGGGUCAGUUUCCUGAAUACCCACCAGAGGGCACCACUAAACUGGAGGUGCCAGCAGAAAGGUCCCCCCGUAGGCGGAGUAUCUCAGGGACCAGUACAUCAGAGAAACCCAAUUCCAUGGACACUGCAAAUACCUCACCCUUCAAAGUACCAGGAUUCUUCAGCAAGCGCCUAAAAGGCUCCAUCAAGAGGACCAAAAGCCAGUCAAAACUUGACAGAAACACAAGUUUUCGGCUCCCUUCUCUGCGUAAUACAGAUGACAGGUCUCGAGGUCUGCCUAAACUGAAAGAGUCACGUUCUCAUGAAUCCUUGCUGAGCCCCUGCAGCGCAGUAGAAUGUCUGGAUCUUGGUCGAGGGGAGCCCGUAGCAGUAAAACCACUCCAUAGCAGCAUCCUUGGGCAAGACUUCUGCUUUGAGGUCACCUACUUAAGUGGAAGUAAAUGCUUCAGUUGUAACUCUGCUUCAGAGAGAGAUAAGUGGAUGGAAAACCUUCGUAGGACAGUUCAACCAAAUAAGGAUAACUGCAGACGAGCUGAAAAUGUUCUCCGUUUAUGGAUCAUUGAAGCCAAGGACCUUGCCCCUAAAAAGAAAUAUUUCUGUGAACUGUGCCUUGAUGAUACCCUCUUUGCUCGUACAACCAGCAAGACCAAAGCAGACAAUAUUUUCUGGGGAGAACACUUUGAAUUCUACAGCCUUCCACCUCUUCAUAGCAUCACAGUUCACAUUUAUAAGGAUGUGGAAAAAAAGAAAAAAAAGGACAAGAAUAAUUAUGUAGGGCUAGUCAACAUUCCCACUGCCAGCGUGACUGGUCGCCAAUUUGUAGAAAAGUGGUAUCCAGUGAGUACACCUACACCCAACAAAGGAAAGACUGGAGGACCUUCUAUUCGGAUUAAGUCACGUUUCCAAACUAUCACCAUUCUGCCUAUGGAGCAAUACAAAGAAUUUGCAGAAUUUGUCACCAGCAACUAUACCAUGCUGUGUUCUGUCCUAGAACCAGUGAUUAGUGUGAGAAAUAAGGAGGAGUUGGCUUGUGCCUUAGUGCACAUUCUUCAAAGUACUGGCAGAGCCAAGGAUUUCCUGACCGACCUGGUGAUGUCUGAGGUGGAUCGCUGUGGAGAGCAUGAUGUCUUGAUCUUCAGAGAGAACACCAUUGCCACCAAGUCCAUUGAGGAAUACCUCAAGUUGGUGGGACAACAGUAUCUUCAUGAUGCACUGGGGGAGUUCAUCAAAGCUUUGUAUGAAUCAGAUGAAAAUUGUGAAGUGGAUCCCAGCAAAUGUUCAUCUAGUGAACUGAUAGACCAUCAGAGCAACCUAAAAAUGUGUUGUGAACUGGCUUUCUGCAAGAUCAUCAACUCGUACUGUGUUUUCCCUCGUGAAUUGAAAGAAGUGUUUGCAUCAUGGAAACAGCAGUGCCUGAACCGCGGCAAGCAAGAUAUCAGUGAGCGGCUCAUUAGUGCCUCAUUGUUUCUCCGUUUUCUUUGCCCAGCCAUUAUGUCACCUAGUCUCUUCAACCUUAUGCAAGAGUAUCCUGAUGAUCGUACAUCUCGGACUCUAACUCUUAUUGCCAAGGUCAUUCAGAACCUGGCCAACUUUGCCAAGUUUGGUAACAAAGAGGAAUACAUGGCAUUCAUGAAUGAUUUUUUAGAACAUGAAUGGGGCGGAAUGAAGCGCUUUCUCUUGGAGAUCUCUAAUCCAGACACCAUCUCAAACACCCCAGGCUUUGAUGGUUACAUUGAUCUGGGCCGAGAGCUUUCAGUUUUGCAUUCCUUACUGUGGGAAGUAGUUUCCCAACUUGAUAAGGGUGAAAAUUCCUUCCUACAGGCGACCGUGGCAAAACUGGGUCCUCUCCCUCGUGUUCUUGCUGAUAUUACCAAGUCUCUGACUAAUCCUACGCCAAUACAACAGCAGCUGAGACGCUUCACUGAACAUAACUCCAGUCCAAACGUCAGUGGAAGCCUCUCCUCUGGGCUGCAGAAAAUAUUUGAAGACCCUACUGACAGUGAUUUGCACAAACUAAAAUCUCCAAGCCAGGACAACACAGACAGCUAUUUCAGAGGCAAAACAUUACUGCUUGUUCAGCAGGCCUCCUCCCAGAGUAUGACUUAUUCUGAAAAGGAUGAAAAGGAAAGCAGCCUUCCUAAUGGUCGGAGCAUCUCCCUCAUGGACCUCCAGGACACGCAUGCUGCUCAGGUGGAGCAUGCAUCUGUCAUGCUUGAUGUGCCUAUGCGCCUGACAGGAAGCCAGCUUUCCAUAACUCAGGUGGCCAGCAUCAAACAACUGCGGGAAACUCAGAGCACUCCCCAGAGUGCCCCCCAAGUAAGAAGGCCCCUACACCCAGCCUUGAACCAACCAGGAAGUCUCCAGCCCUUGUCAUUCCAGAACCCUGUUUAUCACCUUAAUAACCCAAUUCCAGCAAUGCCAAAGGCCUCUGUAGAUUCCAGUUUGGAGAACCUAAGCACUGCCAGUUCUAGAAGCCAAAGUAACAGUGAAGACUUCAAACUCAGUGGACCCAGCAAUAGCAGCAUGGAAGAUUUCACCAAACGUAGCACUCAGAGUGAAGACUUCUCCCGGCGGCACACUAUGCCAGACAGACACAUACCUCUUGCUCUGCCACGACAAAAUAGUACUGGGCAGGCCCAAAUCCGAAAAAUGGACCAGGCUGGGUUAGGCGCCCGAGCCAAAGCCCCCGCAUCCCUUCCACACAGUGCAUCCUUACGUAGUACUGGGAGCAUGUCAGUGGCAUCUGCAGCCCUGGUGGCUGAACCUGUGCAGAAUGGGAGCCGGUCCCGGCAGCAGUCCUCUUCCUCCAGAGAGAGCCCUGUUCCCAAAGUGAGAGCAAUCCAGAGACAACAGACACAGCAGGUUCAGUCCCCUGUGGACUCAGCCACCAUGUCUCCAGUAGAGAGGACAGCGGCAUGGGUUCUGAACAAUGGACAGUAUGAAGAAGAUGUUGAAGAAACUGAGCAAAAUCAAGAUGAAGCCAAGCAUGCUGAGAAGUAUGAACAAGAAAUUAGUAAACUGAAGGAGCGCCUGAGAGUGUCUAGCCGGCGACUGGAGGAGUAUGAACGCCGAUUGCUGGUGCAGGAGCAGCAGAUGCAGAAGUUACUGCUCGAAUACAAGGCCAGACUGGAGGACAGCGAGGAGCGGCUUCGCAGGCAACAAGAAGAGAAAGACAGCCAGAUGAAAAGCAUCAUCAGCAGGCUAAUGGCUGUGGAAGAGGAAUUGAAGAAGGACCAUGCUGAGAUGCAAGCAGUUAUUGAUGCAAAGCAGAAAAUUAUUGAUGCACAGGUCAUAAAUGGAAAUGAGAUUAUUCAAACAGGAAAAACGGAUCGUGUCCCUGGAUUCAGCCAACACCAGACUGAUGAGCGCACUGACCCAGGUGAAGGAGCGGUACAGCAUGCAGGUCCGCAAUGGCAUCUCCCCCACCAACCCCACGAAGCUUUCCAUCACGGAGAAUGGUGAAUUCAAAAACAGCAGCUGCUGAUGGACUUUGUGAAUGCAGACUGUGGAAGGAGACAGAAGGAAAUUUACCAGCUCUCCUGUCCCCAGUGCUUUACCCAGCCCCUCCGGGUUUACAGAAUGUUGCUACUUCAAAAUGGCAAUGUGGUGAGAAACUCAUAAAUGAAGAAAGGAACCUUGUCUUUCAGGGCAUAAUGCGAAGACUUCCAAGGUCAAUACUUCCCCUCCAUGUCUCUGUGUACAUAGGGAACUUAGUUCUGGGCCAUGUACAGAAAAUAGCACUGUAAUAUACCAAAAGGAAAUUAAUAAUGUAGAUUACCUUUUUAAUUAUUACUAUUUUUAUUAUUGUUUUCCUCUUGUUGAAAGCACUGCAGUUGUUAGAGGAGGAAAAGUAGGAACUGUGUGUGUAAAAAAUGAGCCUGUGGGUUCAGUAGGUAGAGCCCAAGUGUCCGUCUGAUAGAAGCACAUAGAGUGCAAUAGGACUUCGUCAGAAUGAGUUUUUUCAGGGAUUCAUCUGCCAGUUUAAAAACCCCACUCUGGUCCCUCACCUUUUAGGAAAACGUGCAAAUACCAAGAUCCAUACAAAACAGUAAUUUAUGCCACUAAGCAACCAAGAUGGUUCUGUUGGGCAGUUAAUCUGAUUUGGGGUUUGCUGUUUCAGAGGAUGCAGAUAAAAGCAGCUGCGUCACAACUGGACUUCAGGAGUGAUUUCUGUUGAACUCCUGUCAAUGUUUAUUUCCUCUGUCUACAACAGAUGGACAUUUUCUGUUUUAGAUAUGGGGCUUUUUAAUUUUUUCUCCUAUUGUAAUAAAGGGUGUUCUUUUUCCUCUUUA